ACCAAGCGGAUGUCAAAAAGUUGGAUCUCCGCACAUCAGCAGAACAUCCGCAAUCAGCACCUUUGAACGCAAAGUGCCCUCUCUAGCUGUUUUUGUUGGCAUCCACAAUCAUGGCGACUACCGUAGACAAGAUCAAGGACAUCGAGGCCGAAAUGGCCAAAACCCAAAAGAACAAGGCUACAUCCUUCCAUCUUGGCCAACUGAAAGCCAAACUCGCCAAGUUAAAACGCGAGCUUCUUACUCCCACAACGAGCGGUGGUGGAGGUGGGGCAGGUUUCGACGUCGCCAGAACUGGUGUUGCCAGUGUGGGUUUCAUAGGAUUCCCUUCUGUGGGAAAGAGUACACUCAUGAGCAAACUUACUGGUCAACACUCCGAGGCCGCCGCCUACGAAUUCACAACUUUGACAACUGUACCAGGCCAAGUGGUAUACAACGGAGCGAAAAUACAAAUGUUAGAUUUGCCUGGUAUUAUCCAAGGAGCCAAGGAUGGAAAGGGAAGAGGUCGACAAGUUAUUGCCGUUGCCAAGACUUGCCAUCUAAUAUUCAUCGUCCUCGAUGUCAAUAAGCCCCUUACGGACAAAAAGGUUAUUGAGGCCGAGCUGGAAGGCUUUGGCAUUCGGAUCAACAAGCAACCACCUAAUAUUGUUUUCAGGAAGAAAGACAAGGGAGGUAUCAGCAUCACAAAUACGGUUCCCCUUACCCACAUCGACCACGACGAAAUUAAGGCUGUUAUGGGCGAAUACAAGAUAUCCUCCGCAGAUAUUGCAAUUCGAUGUGAUGCAACGAUCGACGACCUCAUCGAUGUCCUGGAGGCUAAGAGCAGAAGCUAUAUUCCGGUUAUAUAUGCCCUCAAUAAAAUUGAUGCCAUAUCGAUAGAGGAGUUGGAUCUGCUGUACAGAAUUCCGAAUGCAUGUCCAAUUUCGUCAGAACAUGGGUGGAACAUUGAUGAGCUGAUGGAACAGAUGUGGGAGAAGCUCAACCUGGUGAGGGUAUACACAAAGCCUAAAGGGAAAUUACCCGACUAUACUCAACCCGUCGUCCUACGUUCCACAAAGUGUACCGUUGAGGACUUUUGUAACGCCAUCCACAAAACCAUAGUCGAACAUUUUCGAGUAGCAAUUGUCUAUGGCAAGUCAGUGAAGCACCAACCUCAAAGAGUUGGGCUCUCCCAUGAAUUGAAAGAUGAAGAUAUCAUCACCAUCAUCAAACGAUAGGAUCCGUCAGACACUUACAUGUCACUCUGUCAUCCAAGCCCAACAACCUGCUAAGACGGUAAAACAAGACUUUCAACAACUGCGGUUGCGAGAAAAGUAUCAGGAGAUUAGAUCACAUGAAGAUGGAUCUUAUGUAAAUGACUGGAGCUUUUGGCAGAUCUCGACGGCAGCAC